AUGCUCAGAACUAUUGAUUUGAACAUAGUUAGUAAUGAGAAUGAUCUUCAGCCAGUAAUUAUGGACUGUAUACGAAAUCGCAGCCUUAUUUUACUAAAGAACUACGCUAACAUGGAAAGCGUACUCGCAUUGCAAACAAUACUAAGCAAAGAAGGCAUAGAUACAGAUCAAGGUUUUAAUGGUAACUACACAGGAUGCGAACUCUUAUCGAAUGGCUCAAGUGUAGAACAAUAUGUGGGCACACCAGAUGGCAUGGAUUUUCAGAAAACUGCAAUGGGCCAGCUUGCAUCACGUCUAAUGCGAAUCGCGACGUUUUUUGCAAGUGCAUGCGUCUCUGCAGUUGACGCUAGCACCUCACUCAGUUCAAUGGAUGGUCGGAAUAGAUUCAUCAAGGUUACUAGAUAUCAUAAGCCUAUUUCCAAAUCGGUCCUGGACUUAGAGUUCGAUUACGAGGAUGAAUAUGCCAUUCACCAGUCACCUGGAAUUAUAUCAGUUUUUCCGACCGCCCAGGGAAUUAAGUACAGGCAAGGCAACAGGUGGGAGACUUUGGAGGAGCCAAAUUGCAUUCUGAUACAGACUGGAGAUGUGCUAUCUCGAUUUUCGCAGGGACUCCACACAGCAGAUCCAAUCAAAUUUUCCACUACUAAUACUACCCAUUUGACAAUUUUCCCAUCACUUGAGACUGAAAUAGCUUCGACAAUGGUCUCAAGUUUACUUCUGAGCAACCAACUCAAAGAGUUCCCGGAGAUCGCGCAACGACUUCACCCCAUACAAUUUGCUCAAGAGGAAUUGAAAAAGAGAGUUGAUUUUUGUAAAAACAUCUUCUAUGUCAGCGAAUCGGUGCUUUCUUUAUACUCAAUUUCCAAUUCUUUGUUGACUUCGGCGCCAGAGCUGCGCACAAUUCUGCCGCAAAUAUCCAACAUGUUGAAACGAAAAGUUUCUCAAGAAGACUUUCUGAGAAUGAUGACACUUUGGAAAGAGGCCUAUGUGUUGGAACUGAAGAAUAACCUCGAAAUUACUAUACGACCUCCACCGGGUGGAUUGCUCAACACUCUAUCAAACAAAUCUAGGAAACUGGAGUACACUCAAAAAGCGGAGAAGUGGUUAUUGGAAAUAUCUGCGAGCUCUGAAGUCCCCCAAAAUGUUCCUAUGCUUGCUAUAAAAAAAAGAAGAGGAAGCGAUGGCUCUUAUGAAGCGCAGGUCUCUAGCACUGGCGAGAUGCAGAAGUUGACAAGGCCAAUGGCUCAAUUAAAAAAGAAAAGAAGUAAGGGCUAUAUAGCCAACACGAAGGACAAGUUUAUGUUCAAGGAAGAUAAAGCGGAUUCGGGAAAUAUUUCGUUAUUGGAAAGAAUCCGCGCGAAAGAACACAGAGCUGCUGCUCUGUUGUCACAGAGAGAACGUCAACGUGAACAAUAUUUUAAUGUCAAGACAUUUCAGGUCUUUGAUAUCUUAUUUUCAUUGCCGCAGGAUAAACCAUAUACAGUCACUCAUUUGACAUCUCUUAUUGUUGACAGUCUUGCUGACAGUAAUAAUCCAAUUGGUGAAAACGAGACAUCAGAGGUUCUGAUGCGGCUGCAACUCUUGCUCCAAGAUAGAAUCAAUAUGAUUGAAGCAGACGGCUCGCUGAGGGUAUUCCGUUGGGUUGGUCUUGAUAGGUCUGUACUUGCAGAAAGAAUGUCCCUUUGA